AUAACAAUAUUGUUCUUCACUGGCUGUGAGACUCUCCAUCGUGCUCUGAAGUGUGUGGUUUUUGGAAUGCAAGAGAUAAAACAAAAGAAAAGAUAAGAGUAAAGUAGCUCCUGAGAUAUCUGUCUUAACUUAUUCAGGUUGCUUUUUUCUCCACAGGAUACCACAGGAAUGAGAUUCUCAAAGCACCUCAGUCAGACAAACAGUCAGUAGGAGAAAAUGAAUGUGCUGAGUGAAUGAUCCGGCUUACCUAACAAAUUAGGGUGUGGCAGUUUAAUCCACAGGGAAAACACAGGGAUGUUUGUGUGAGUGAUAAAUGUGUGUUGAAAGAGGGUGUGUACUGUCCAACUGCCAUUGUGUUGCAAGUAGGAGGGUUUCUAGGUGAUGGCAUGCCUCCAUGUUUUUCUUUUUUUUAAACUACCAACACCUCCCUUUCAGGUAACUUUUCUCAUUUUGGGACUUGAGUGCACCAACAGAGGUUCUUAGCAGCAGAUCUCACAGCCAUUCCAACACGAUGGAGUCAGCUGAAGCCGUAGCAGCCGAUGUGACCAGCAAAAGAAGUGUUACUAUUGAAAUCUCAAAUGUCACUAGCAACUACUGCCUCAUCAAUCCGAGGGUGUACCUUGACAAUGGGGAGACAUACAACCCACCUCAACCCACAGUGCGCCCUCUAAAGACAGAGGUCUGCACUUUCACCAAGUCCAGUGGCAAAGCAACCGGCAGCAUUGGUGUACUGACCUACGACCUUUUUGAGAGGUCAAAGAAUGACUACAUUGAGACUCUGUCCAUCAUGUUCUCAGUUCCUUGGGACUACAACCUGUACAAAAACUGGUUUGCAGUGGGCAUCUAUAAAAAGGGCCAGAACUGUGAUAAGGAUUUGUUCAAGGAAAUGUACUAUGAGAAGAACCAGCAUGAGCACGGGUUUGUCAGAGAGGAAGCCACUGGCUCAGGAAUCAAUUAUGUGGGCAACUACCUAGAUAUCAAAGCUACCAUGGGUCCCUUGGGCAAAGCCAUCAUGAAGGUAGAGGUAUGGGAUAAGCUUUUCACACCCAUUGGCCAGCAGGCGUACUAGAGACCCCUCCUCACCAGUAUUUCUGUCAUGAGUCCCAGUAUCAAAAUUCAUCCCUUCAUCUCAAGCUUUUAGCUGACAGACUCUUGCCAAUACAGUCAACACGCAUGAUUUAACAGAUGUAUUGUUGCUGACAUGUGUCUGUAUACCUGGGUAUUACCCUUCGGUAAAUCUGCUUAAGAUCAGAGUUUAGUUUGUUUAUAAAUCCAGGCAGCUAUAACCCCCCCUUUAUAGUCGAAGCCCCUGUCUGUUUCAAUAGCAAUCGGUUUUAAAAUGGACUCUUUAGAAAUGAAAAUCAAAGGAUGACUCACCAAAGAACCAGGGCACAUAGCUUAAUAAAACAAACUGAGAGCUUCUCUAUAUUUACCUUGACACUGUAGUCUGAGGAAUAAAGAAAGCCUUUUGCAGAA